AGUUGAAAAACACGCUAGAAAUAACUCAAAUUGUUUGACUAUAGAUAUCAGACAGCAGGACACCGCCCAUCUUUGCUAGCCAAGGGUUUACGAUCUGCUCCACUUCUCUACAACCCUUGGUUGUGUUAGCACGGUUUUCGUAGCUUUGAGUGGCGCGCGUCCUCUAUCGGAUGGAGAAAACAAACUGUUUGGAUUACAUCAUGUUCAACCAAUGAAAAUGCGUUUUUCAACUACACCUUGUGUGAUGUUAAGAUGAAAAUGGCAGCACCCAUGUGAGUUACAUGAUGAUAUAAGGAAAGCCUCGUGGCACAGCCUACACACUGCCAUGUUGUAUAGAGACUAUGAAAAUUUGAUUAAAUGGAUCCGAAGUGUUUUGAAGACAAUGACUAAUUAUUUACACAUUCCAUUGUCUUGCACGUGGUGUAACGUAACACGCUAUUUGAUUAGAUGCAGGGGACUUGGCCUGCAUCCAAUCAUAUGAAGGGAAUUGUUGACAUGAAAAUCGUGCUAACACAGCCAAGGGUUGUAGAGAACCGGAGUGGAUCGUAAACCCUUGGCUAGCAAAGAUAAACACCGCCUGAAGUGGUCAUGAUACUAACACCUUUGUGUGUUGAGUAAACACAGACGAGGUCAUCAUGAUUGUUAUUUAAAUCAGACGUCUCUGAGACACCCGAAGUACGCUUGAAGUACUUUGAAAUCACUGACUGAGAUGGCAUUGGCAUUAGUUAUUUAAAAUUAUUCGAUCCAAGUUUCCUAUAUCAAUGCGUUUAUAAUCAUUCUGUAAAGCGUUUCUAUGCACAAGAUGAAAUCAUUGUAAACUUUGAAGCUAAUAAACCGAGGAAAUCCGUAAAAAGAUCAGGUUUUUUCACUUGCAAAAAACUGCGACCACUUGUAAUUUUUCAUUGGCAAUUUCAUUUCGCGAGUAUUUUCCAUAAUUUCGUUGUCUGAUGAAAAAUCUAGGUACAAGUUCUCCUGGAGGAAAAAACACUUCAUCAUUUUAUCAUAUGAAUUUGGGUAUGAGUUUUCCAGCAGAUAUAACUUGGUCAUUUUAUCAUAUAAAUUUGGGUACAAGUUCUCCAAGAGAUAAAAACUUAGUCAGUUUUGUAAUAAAAAUCUGAUUACAAGUUCUCCUUGAGAAAAACUUUGUCAUUUUAUUUUCAUUGGUGUGUUUCUCUUUUUUAUAAGUCAGAAAUUGCCUUACAAUUGCUAUGAAACACCUCGGACAGCAUUUAACCUAAUGACAAGGCCAUUAUAACCAAUUCUCUAUUUUCGUUUCAUGUGCAUCUAAUGUUAUUUUCACAUUCUUGAAUUUUCACACACACUUUAAACUUGAAUGUCGGCAUGGGGCAUUCCUUUCACACUGACAUGUCUGGUUUUAUCUAGCAUACUGCUCGUUUCUAAUGGAUUUUUACAUCCAUCAGAAAAAAUAUCAGUAUGACAUUUAUAUCAAGCAGAAAAUGGAAUAUCGUCUUGCGUACCUAACUACUCGACCUUGUAUCUUCAGAUGACACAUGAAAAGAAGAAAUGGGUGACCCCAGCCUGUGGAUACGGUCUGCUGAAAAAGUUUGCGUAUAUUUGUGUAGUGAACAGCGUAGUGGUGUGCCUACUGUAUGUGUUGCUUUUCUAUGAGGACUAUUCCAGUUCCCUACAGUGCCAGGCUGUUGGGGGAAAUGGUGUCUUCCAUAGCGAUGCGGUACUGUUCCAUUAUCAACGUUACGAUCUCCAAAUAGCAAACCUGCCAAAGAAAAGAAACCCCGACCAAAUCUGGGUGAUUUAUAUACUAGAGCCAACAGUAUAUAUAGAGAGAAACACAGCAGAAUUGAAUGGCAUUUUUAAUUGGACGAUGUCCUAUAGAAGAGAUUCCACCGUUUUUGCACCGUACGGAUCCUUCAUAGAAAGACAAGUCAUGAAUGAUAUCAGGCCAUUUUCAAAGAGGAAAAAGUUUGCUUAUGCAGUUUUUAGCCGUUGUAAUGACAUUGGGAAACGUUAUCGGGUCAUUAAGGAAUUGCAGAAAUAUAUAGACAUAGAUAUAUACGGUUCAUGUGGGUCAUUUAAGUGUGAUACUAAAUCACAGGGGUGCCUAUCCACUAAUCAUGCACAGGACUACCUAUUCAGAUUCUCCUUUGAAAAUUCACACUGUCGGGAUUACGUGACAGAGAAACUUUGGUUUCCCCUUCAACAAGGUGUGAUACCUGUAGUGAAUUGGGUCAGAGGGCAAGAGGAGACCAGAGUCAACACAAGUCACAUGAUCAAUCUCUAUGAUUUUAGGACGAUUAAAGAUUUAGCAGACUACCUGAAAUCAGUGGCAGCCAAUGAAACGUUGUACAACAGUUACUUAACGUGGAGGAAGACUUUGGAUGUUGUCACGUCCCAUUUUCACUCAUUUUGUGGAUUAUGUAGAAAACUACAUCAGCCUGUUUUACAAAGACAAGUAUAUUCCGAUUUAAAUGGUUGGAUUUCCAAUGAUAUCUGUCCAAAAUAUAAGUUUGUACAGAAGAUCAGCAGUUGGAUUGAUCGGUGGAUAUUCUUUCCAAUUGGCCUGUAACUUCACGUCCCCACAAACUGGAGAGACGGUGGAUUCCGUCCAAUCAGAUUCUGACUUCAGACUGAUGUUAUUCCGUUUUGGCCACCAUCACAGAAGACCAUGCAUUAGAUCGUGUGGAUAUUCUUCAUAUUUAUUUACGCACCUGUUAUUCAACAGGAUAUUUAUAUGAUCAAUAUUAUUUAUAAUAUCUACAUGGGAUUUUUUAAAUAUAUUUUAUUACAAAAGGUAGAUUAUUACGUGUGAUCUUUUAUAUUUUACUGCUUCAAAAUUUCCCUUACCCUUAGUGACAAUACACAGAUUUGGAUGAGGUUCAUUGGGUAGUGAUAUACAUGUAUAUACACAGAAGCAAAUCAAAGGAUUUUAAUUGGAGAACGAGUGCUAUGAUCAUUGAAGAAUUUUGUGGUAUUAAUUCAAAAGUUGAUAUUUUCUCCCUUUACCUGAAAUAUAUUUCUAACGUAUCAUGAAUGCUUUAUCAAUAUUAUCAUUACUGAAUUCCAUUUUGAAUCAUGACACAACUGAAGUAAGGGAAGUAUUCAUUACUAGGUUGAAAUUGCUUGGGAAUCCAAUCUAGGAGGACAAUCAAUACCAUCCUGAAGAAAUUUGAAAUUGUAUGAUUAUUUUUUUUCUGUAAGUGGUUGUUGAAUUUCUUAUUGACAUAGAAUGGACAUGUGGCACAGAAACAUGAUUCCAGCAAUAUGUGUUCUAGUCAAAUGUUCUGGGUCUGAAAACGAACUGGAGAUUGAUAAAGUGCACCGCAACAGCACAAUAAACCCGUCAGAUGUUUAUUCAUUAUAAACGGAUAAAAGUGCAUGACUCAAAAUCAUGUCGACCUUAACUAGAGAUUGUUUUUAUGAAAAGCAAAUGACUCCCCAUCUCCCCAAAUUAGUAGUGCUCCAAAUGAAACCUCCUCCCUUUAAUGUACUGCAUGGUAUGGAGGAGAAAGCGUGAGCAGGAACAUAAACAAUAUGAACUCCAAUAAGCCACAUAAGAGAAGUGUUCACAAACAAUUUUACAUCCUCCUGGCUCCACCCCUCAGAUCCACUAUAACUUUUAGGACAACAAAUAGAUCCCCCUGCCCCUGCAAAAUGCACAUCUGCAAAUGGCAUUGAAGUAUCGUACAAAAUUUCAAGUCUAUCAGAUAAGCCAUAUAGGAAAAGCGUUCACAAGCUAUUUUAACACCCCCCACCCCUCUUAGAUCCACUUUGACUUUUAGGAAAAUGAUUGGAUCCUCCUGUCUUGACAAUAUGCACAUCUACAAAUGGCAAUGAAGCAUUGUACAAAGUUUCAAGUCUAUCCAAUAAGCCACAUAGGAGGAGAAGUGUUCACAAGCUAUUUUACAUCCUCCACCCCUAAUAGAUCCACUAUAACUUUUAAUAAAAUAAUUGGAUCAUCCUGUCCCAACAAUAUGCACAUCUACAAAUGGCAAUGAAGCAUUGUACAAAGUUUCAAAUCUAUCCAAUCUUACGACAAGCAAGUGGGUACUGAGGACCUAUUCUAACCCGGAUCCCCACUGGACCAAAUAAUCUUUGAAUCUCCAGCUGAACUCUGAAAUACUUGUAUCAUAUGGCUUACUCCCAAGGGGCUAAUGGUAACUUAAUUGGACAGAAAGAUUAAAUCAUUCCUAGGAAACAAUUCCUCUAUCUGUGAUGUGGUUGUUAAGUCUUAGCACAAUACUGCAUAUAUUUAUAUCGUUAAUGUUGGAAACAUAAUAAUUAUUCAUAUCAAUUGUUAUGUAGCUACAUUUUGCGAAGAAAAAAAGUAUUUUUUACGCAACGAUUAUUGAACAAUGUUACAUCAUUACUCUCUAGCAUAUGUAGGGAUUACCUCCCUUAAAACAUUGGGUUUUUAUACUCCCGCAUAAAAAUGCAGGCGUAUUAUGCUAUGCCGCUGUCGUCCGUCUGUCCCUUUAACAAUAUCUUUGCAACUCCUCCUAAAACCUUUGGGGAUUUUAAUGAAUUUUGGUACAAAGAAAUAUCACAAUGUGGAGGUGUGCAUAUGUGACAGGGUGAUAUUUUUCUAAAGUAAAUAUAUUAUUUCAUUAUUUAGAUUAUGAAGAUUAGUACAUGACAAAAGUUGUCUUUACUUUUAAUUUAUUUUAUGUACAACUUAAUAGUAUAUGCAAAUAUCUCUAAAGUUAUUUAUAGAUUAUGAGAUCAUAAUGGUCAGUAAUAGCACCAUGUAAAUAUUUAUAGAAUAUAGAACUCUCCAAUUUCAUUGGUUGUCUAAGUUCCCUCUCUUUACUAUUGUUCACAUUUUGAAUUGUCUUCUAAGAAUAUAGAAGUGUUUUCCAGAAGAUUUUCCUAGCACAAUUUGACUGUAAGUAAAUAUGACUUUCUUUUGAGUUUUUAUGAUCAUAUAUAAUUCAAAGUACAUGUGCUUACUUUGAAUUAAUACAUUUUGCUGAAUAGUUAGAUUUUAUGCAUUUUCUAUGAUGGUAAUUGAGUAAGAGUGAUCAUAUGCAUUUCUACAUUAUCUUUAAGUUAUCAAUUACAACUAAAGAGUAAAAUGUAUAUCAGUAUGAAUGUAUAUUAAAACUAUAAAUCAUGAUUGAAUCAAAUGUAGUAGUUUAAAUAUGUUAUGUGUGAAUGUCAAGAGUGUUCGAGUAGUAUUCAGCUAUUUUUACUUUUUAUGAUUUCCUUGUGUGAAUAAGUAAUGUAACAUUAGUUUCACACAAGUAUUUGAUAUUUCAUUAUUUCUAUAUAGAUUUAUUACCAGCAUAUAGAAUAUUUUGGACCUGACCAGAAAUUUGGCUCUGUGUCACACAUAGGUAUGACAUUGCAUUUUUUUGUAUAUUCUUUGCAUUAUGAUAAGUUCUGAAUAUUCUUAUCAAGUUGAUUAUUUAGUCUAUGAUUAAUUAAGUGCAAUAGUCGAGUCAGAUAAAUCUAUUUAUUAUUUAUACCAUAUAGCAAUCAAUAGUCAAAUAUAUCUUUAUAAGCACUAUUAAGGGGAAUAACUCUUGGUUGUAAACUGUGCUGAACAAAUGAGUUUUUGUUGUUGAUAUUUUCAUACUAUAUGUUUUAAUUCAUGAUAUUAUAUGUGAUAUUCUUGUUAUAUAUUUCAGAGUUACUUAGAAAAGAAUACAAACUCUGAUAGAACCCUACCAU